AUGUCCGCAGCACAGCAACAAACCGAGCCUGUGACGCUCUAUCUACACGCCGAACUUCUCCCUAAUAUCCGCCAUAUUACUCUCUACGUAUCGCUACCGGAGGCGAUACGAUCACAAAAUGUCCGACCAGAGAUUUGUUUAUCUGAUUCUCGUCGUGCCAUUACAGUAUCUCUCGCAUCGCUGCACGACGAUGUCACAGAUACGAUCAAAUUACCAGCCCGUGUCAAUGAAGCAUCUCGGCUGGCCUUGAGCGUAGCAGGACAGCGAGCUACAGAUCCUCGGAUAAAUGGGCAUGAUCAGCAGGAAUACUCGUUUAGAAUGCAGAUCGAUGAUGAAGAUGCAUCGUUGCUCUCGAGAGAAGAACAUAUGGACAGCUCUGUCCCGUGGACCGCGACCGACAUGACUUCCUGUACUAGGCUUCGUUGUCGCCAUUGUAGGAGUAUUCUCCUCGAUUCGCAUGCGCCGUGUGGAUCUGGUGCUGCAGAGAAGGAUACGCAGGGGUGGGUAUGGAAGGAUUUGCCCAGUGGGAAUUGGGCUGAAAUGAUGGAUUUUUGGCACUGCCACAAGCCGGAUCCUCAUGAGGACCAUGAUCAUGAUCAUGAUCAUGAUUAUCUUAAUGGCGCUACAGUUGAAGACCAGAAUGCUACAGUCAAGGGAUACGGUGCUGCGAAUCAGGUUGUCGCAACUUCAGGGACUGUUCUUGUGGACGUCGCGACCUUUCUGCUCACGAACUCCGACUGUAGAGGCUUGAAACAGGUUGAAAUAAAGAGUGCAACAGCCUCUUCAACGGAAGCACAGAUGGAGUUGCUUUGCGAUCAUUGCAAUAGCCAGAUGGGAGUUGAAGACACAGUUGCUAAAGGAUGGCGACUAUUCAAAACAAGCUUAUCUGUAAGCAAGCAGUCCGAAGGCGUGUGCGAAGACCCAGAAUGGGAAAGUCAUCCUUUGGAGGCGGUUGUAGCAGCUCAAUUGUUGGAGUUGAUUGAGAGAGAAAGCGCUCGACGAUUUGUUCUCCACUGUGGACAAGGGGAUGGGCUGCUGAUCUGGGUCUUUAAUCCGGAUAUGCGAUAUUCGAACUCUAGCUCGGACCACAGUAUAACUGCGCAGCGGGCCAUGAAAAUUCUAUUCCAGGAUGUCGUCGACGUAGAUGGGAUGCUUCAUCCGGAUCGUGGCAAGGCAUCAUCUUUGUCCCUGGAAGAACUUCGACUGUCAUCCAGCGUCUUGUCUGCUAUCUCAGAAACUUUGAAGAGCAGGAACAAGAUGUUACCAAAGUCAGCAAGGGAGUUUCGAGAAUGGAAGGUUAGCAUCAUGCAUCGAUAUGACCGGACAAAGAAUGUUUGA